AUGUGGGCUGGCACCAGUGCUGAUGUUGGAGGUGGAAGGGGAGAUGUGCAAGGUAGGGAUGGUUGGACUGGUGGAGGAAGUAGAGGGAGGGGUGGUAGGAGUGGAGUGCAGAUGAGGGGUGGAGGGAGAAGUGGUGGGACUGGUGUGGAGGUGAGGAGUGGAGGGAUAGGUGGUAGAACUAGAAUGCAGGUGAGGGGUGGAGGGAUAGAUGGUAGGUCUGGAGUGAGAAUGAGAGGUGGUGGUACUAGAGUGCAGAUGAGGGGUGGAGGGAGAGGUGGUAGGUCUGGAGUGAGAAUGAGAGGUGGUGGUGCUGGAGUGUAG